AUGUAUACAAUGCAAGAAAAACUUCAGGAAAUGUUAACCCAGAUUCAGCGCCUUUGCCUCCUGACAGAACACACACGAGUUUCAGCAUUUCAAGUAACUGGUGCAGAUCUGGUUGGACCUCUUUUCUUGCGUGGAGGGAGCAGAGCGUGGAUUCUCCUUUUCACGUGUGCUGUCUAUCGAGCAGUUCAUCUGGAACUAGUUUCCUCCCUGACCACUGAAGCAUUUAUGCAAGCAUUACGCAGAUUUUGGGCAAGGAGAGGAAGAUGUUCUACUCUUUAUACUGAUAAUGGUACCAACUUUGCAGGAGCUGCAAACGCUUUGAAAUCUUUGGACUGGGAUUUCAAUCAAAGAGAAUGUGCAGUAAUGAAAAUCAGGUGGAUAUUCAGCCCUCCAUCUGCCCCAUGGUAUGGCGGGUUUUGGGAAAGAAUGGUUCGUUGUAUCAAGGAACUUCUUCGAAAGUGUUUGGGAAAAUACUGUGUCACAUAUGAAGAAAUGUUGACUUUGCUCAGGACGACCACUGACAUAUUGUCAGACAUUUGUCAUUUGUCAGACGACCCUAGCGAAUUGAAACCACUUACGCCUGCUCACUUUAUUCAAGAUUUAGGGGAACGAGAAACCAUUGAUUUGGAUUUAAUUGAUUCUCAGCACUUACUGAAACGUGUAAGUUAUCUUCAUACUUUACGGCUAAAUCUACGAAAACGUAAGGAAUAUCUUGGAGAAUUAAUAAGAAGUCCUAAAUCAUCUUCACGGAGAAAAACUAUUUCUCCAGGAGAAAUUGCUCUAGUUAAAUCAAAGAAUCCAAACAGGAUAAAUUGGCCUUUAGCCCAUGUAAUUGAACUGUUUCCUGGUAAAGACAAUAUUGAACGUGUUGCAAAACUACGAGUCGCCAAUGGUGAAAUCAUACGGCCCCUCCAGCGCAUUUAUCCUUUGGAGCUUACUUUGGAGCUUACAUCAAUGAAGUUAUCGGCUUCUCAAAAAAUUGAGACCAUCCCAGAAUCAGAAACUUGUGAUAACGAAAUUCCGCAGAGUGUAAGGGUAGCGCGCAGCGGUCGUCGAGUAGUGCCUGUUAAACGUAUGGACUUAUGA